AUUCAUUACUCUCUCUCACAAGUAUAUACUAACUACCCUCUCUUCUUCCCCUUGUAUAUUUUCUUGUCCAAUUCAAUACAGGAUGGCAUCUUCCAUGAGUAACCUUCUCGCUAUUGAUUUUAAACGGACAGAGCCACUCUCAAUGACAAAGAGUCUUAGCGACUAUAUCUCCACAUCCUAUGCGGAGCAUCCAGAUAUCUACCAGGAUGACUUUCGUGUCCUUGAUGAGCUUAGAGCUGAUAUCGUCAACCUUGAGCCUCACCUUAAUGCUCUCAACCGCCUGUUAAAGUACCAUGCACAGCUUGUGUUUAUCAGUUCCAAAUUUCCUAUUGAUACAGGUGUUGAAUUCUCCUGGGCACUCGUCAACAGUACCGACAAAAAGAUGUACUCCUUCAGAAACAUGUAUUACGAACGAGCAUGCAUUUGCUUCAACAUCGGGGCUAUGUAUAGUCAGCUCGGCAACAAUGAGAAUAGAAGCACAGUCGAAGGACUAAAGCGUGCUUGUUCCUAUUUCCAAAAUUCCGCAGGAACAUUUCAACAUUUACGGGAUACGAUUAUUCCAGAACUGAGGAUUGCUCCAACUGUCGAUAUCUCCACAGCCUCCCUGACAGUUUAUAUCCAACUUAUGCUUGCACAGGCACAAGAAUGUUUCUGGCAGAAAGGCGCAUUAGAUCAGAUUAAGGAUGGGCUAAUCGCUAAACUAGCAGCCAAAGUUGCUGAUUACUAUACAGCAGCAAACGAAGGGGCAACCCAUUCAAGUGUUUCCUCCCUAUUCACUACACCAUGGACAAGCCAAAUGCAGGCCAAGGCUUUUCAUUUUAACGCUGUAUCUCAGUACAGAAAGUCAUGCGAAUGCAUAUCUCAAAAUAAAUAUGGCGAGGAAAUUGCGCGACUUCAGAUUGCUGAACGGCUUGUUAGCUCAGGACUCGAUCUACAGAGGAACCUCAGGGAAACGGUCGUAAGCGAUCUACGUUCGUUGCAAUCCGCCAUUCAUCGUAACCUCUCGAGGGCAGAGAAAGAUAAUGACAUCAUUUAUUUGGAACCUAUUCCUGCAGAGACCGCACUGGCGUCAAUUGGGCGUGUGGAUAUGAGCAAGGCAACUAUCAUUCCAGAAAUAUCAAACCCUGUUCCACUAAUGAAUGAGCAUAAUAUAUUGUUGGGUGUCCCAUUGUUCUCGAGACUGGUUCCGUUUGCAGUCCAUCAAGCAGCGAGUGUUUAUACAGAGCGCAAGGAGAGGCUCGUGAAAGAAGACAUUGGAGGAAAGUUUGAUGAAUUGACAGGUAUUUUUUAUAGUCAAAUGCAAGCGCUAAAUCUGCCCGGAGCUCUUCAAGCACUUGAGCAGCCCAUCGGAUUGCCGCCCUCUCUUCUGUCCCAUAUUGAUGAAAUACAUGCUGAAGGGGGUACCCGAACGCUAAAUGAAAUGGUUCAGACUGUUCGGACUCUUUCACAUCAAAAUGCAGCCAUAUUAGAUGAAAUCUUUGGAGCAUUACAGCAAGAAGCUGAUGAAGACGAAGCAAUGAGGCGAAAGUUCCAAGGACGUUGGAACCGCCCUACAUCAGCGUCUCUGACAGUUAACCUCGUGGAACAGGGGAAGAGGUACAGAGACACCCUUGAAACUGCUAAAAAAAGCGAUCAGAUUGUUAGAAAUAAAAUGGAGGCGCUAAUGACAACAUGGGGGCGCUCAUUGGAGCUGCUCGGCAGUGGUAGGGUUGAAGUGGAACGCGCUGUGCCUAAUACAAUUAAUGCGCCGGGCUCUUCAGAUCCCGAAAUUGUAUACGACUUGAAGAUGUUGUUAGAAGAGGCUGAUCAGAUGAUCAAGGCGCGAAGGAUUAAAUUAGAUGAGGUCAAGAGGAUUGCGGAUGAGGACGAUAUAGGCCCAUCUUUAGUGGCUAUUACUAAUAAGUUAACAGCCAACUCAUCUGCAGUCAAAAUUGAACCUGCUCAUUUUGAAGCGCAUUUUCAGGAGCAACUCAAAAAGUACGACGGAUAUAAGGCGCUAGUUAAAGAGGAAACAGCUGCACAAGAGGAUCUUUUGAUGGCUAUCCAGGAAAUAAAUAAGGCUUUUGUCGCAUCCAGAAAAAGUAGCCCAGUUGUACAUCAACGAGAGAAAGCUCUUCAAAAUCUGGAAGCAGCAUAUCAAAAGUAUAAGGCAAUACUGCUGAACCUCAAGGAAGGAAUGCAGUUCCAUCGCGAUUUUGAAAAGAUUUUAGUACGCCUGCGCGAUAACUGCCGCGAUUAUCUUCUCGCCCGCGAGAUGGAAGCCAAAGAUUAUUUGAGUGAGGUGACCGCUGGAAUAUCAUCCAUCAAUUUAAAUCGCUCACAGCCGCAAAGCCCUGUGCACGGUUCUCCUUAUGAUGUAGCCAGCGCGCCUCCUCAAUCCUAUGAUUUUCAACCUGGGUCCGGGAAGUGGAGUCCAAGUCUUGGUGUACAUUUUGGUGGUCAAGCACCCACUUUACCCCCGGAAGUAACGCAGGGGCAAAUCGGGUCGUUUAGUCAUAACAGCGCUACAUUCAGUCCCUAUGAAGAUGCACCGGUGGGUCCGCCAUCUCAACCGCAGCCAAAUUUUGCACAACAUCUUCGGCAACAGUUUCAGCAAAAGCAGCCAUCUUCCUUUCAAGGUACAUCAUCACCACAACAACGGCAACAACAGCAGCAACAGCAACAGCAACAAGCUCCGCCGUCUUAUCAAUCCUUGCCCGGAAAUAACAAUGCUCCUACACCAGGCGUAUGGGACCCUAGUAAAGGCUUGUUUUUCGGAGGAAAGCCCAAGAAUUAAAGUCAACAUAUAAAUAAAAAUAAAAUAAAGAAAACCCCUC